GUGACGUUUACUGUCAGAGUAAAUUCCUAUUGGCUCAGAUGGAGCCCAGUGGUGACGUACCUCCUAGUUCUCCUCCUUUUCUCCUAAUUUAACUUUAGCUUUUUCUGGACAAUUGAAACAUAAAGUCUGUUAAAGAUUUGCAUGUUUAUGGUCACAAUAAAGAUCAUCAUCUUCUUUCUUAUCCUGGGGAUACAGGAGGCAGCGGCAGUGACCCACUCGCUGAAGUAUUUCUACACUGCGUCCUCUCAAGUCCCAAACUUCCCAGAGUUUGUGACUGUUGGGAUGGUUGAUGAAGUUCAGAUUAAUUAUUAUGACAGCAACACGGAGAGAGAGGUGCCCAAACAGGACUGGGUGAACGAUGCAGUAGACCCACAGUUCUGGGAGAGGAACACUGAUAUCUCCAGGGGUUCCCAGCAGACGUUCAAAGCCAACAUUCAGAUUGCAAAGGCGCGCUUCAACCAAACUGGAGGUGUUCACAUUUUUCAGCAGAUGUACGGCUGUGAAUGGGAUGAUGAAACAGAUGAAGUGAACGGAUAUGAGCAGUUUGGUUAUGACGGAGAGGACUUUCUAUUCUUUGACCUGCAGAGAGAGACAUGGGUUGCUCCUGUACAACAGGCUUACAUCACCAAAAACAAGUGGGACAGUAACAGAGCCCUGAUCACACAGUCAAAGAACUACCUCACCCAGAUUUGUCCUGAGUGGCUGAAGAAGUAUGUGAACUAUGGGAGGAGCUCUCUGAUGAAAACAGUUCUUCCCUCAGUGUCUCUCCUCCAGAAGAGUCCGUCCUCUCCAGUCACCUGCCACGCUACAGGUUUCUACCCUGACAGAGCUGAAUUGGUUUGGAAGAAAGAUGGAGUGGAGCUUCAUGAGGGUGUGUACAAAGGAGAGAUCCUCACCAACAAUGACGGGACCUUUCAGAUGAGUGCUGAUCUGGAUCUUUUAUCAGUCACACCUGAAGACUGGCAGAGGUACAACUGUGUGUUUCAGCUCUCUAGUGUGAACGAGGACAUCGUCACCAAAGUGGACAAAGCAGUGAUCAGGACCAACAUGGGUGAAAGUGAAGGAAAUUUCCUCGCCAGGAUCUUCGCGACCAUGAAACGAUGGUUCUCGCAGUGAUUGCUGUAAUUAGUUUCAUUGACUGCAAAUAAAGAACAGGCGAGAGACAAAAACAGAAAUCCCUUUUACUCGAUGGUUUAUCCAAAACAGAAUAAGCUCCACAAGGCCCAGAGUCACAGUUCCAGAAGAAUAGGAGCUGCAUGACAAUGUGAGAAAAGAUACGAUGUAUAACAUUUUAUAAAUGUAACUGAAAUUAUUUUUUCUUUGUAAUUGAGAAAAACGUCCCCCAUCUCAUGAGUAAAACUUGUUUCUAUUCUGUUUUCUCUGAUCCCUUAUGCCCUGUGCAGAAUAAAAUGUUUUCUGUAUUUUAUGUUAAAUAACUUUUUCAGGAUCAUUCUUGAGAAAAUGUCAGAUCAGAGCAGGAUGUGGACUAACAGUGUGUUUGUGACGUGACUUUCUGAGUCUCUAGAACAAAUGAUUCCUAAAGCCUAAAUGACAAACAGCCCUGCAAACAGUGAGAUUACUACAUUUACUAUUUUACUUCUUUUUUGUGCUUCAAAAUCACAAGAUGAUUGCUUGAUUGAACUGGAAAUGUUAAUAUAUUUUAUUUUGUCUUUUUAGGUUUAUGGACAAAUUUUGCACUGAAACAAGAAGCAUCAACAAGCCUCAUUUGCCCCAUAAACUGUGACCUCAUUAGUUAUUCAUCAUUCACAUCAUAAAAUGAAGUGUUAAGAUCUAGUUAUGUUGUUGAUUUUUUAUGACAUAUAUACCUGUAUACACUGGACAUAUACUCACAUAUAUACUAUGUAAUCACAUAUAUUUGUAUACACCGUACACACCUAUACUGUAGUGUUUUAUAUAUUGGAAUCACUGUGUUAAGCAUUUAACCUACAUGCUCAAAAUCACAAGACCCAUAAAUUGAGGUCAAAUAUUAUCUACAUUUAUAUUAAUAAAGUUUGUGUAUGAGCUGUUAUAUGAGCACAUGUUGAUCAAUACUGUUUGAAAUGUUAUAAUUGGGAUCAAUAAGUAACCUCUGAUAGUGUUAUGGCCAACCCCAUCCAAACAUAGGGUUAAUUCAACUUGGCACUGCUGAGGAUGCACCUGGGACUCUUUUCUCCCAAAGUUGUGAAAAACCUUUCUUUAUCAAAUAUAGUGGCCCACCUCUGGCAAAAAAAAACAGAGUUUGCCAAGGUUGUCAGGAUGAUUAACUGUUAUCUGUGAGAUUUGUAGACUUUUGGACUCACUCUGGCCAUAAAACUGACAAAGGGACCCAAUUAAAAAUGAUGGAUGCUGGGAAUAGGGCUCGGAAAAGUUAUGGAGUAGCCCAGAAGGUUAAGUGACACAAGUGUCGGAGAUUAAAAAAGCUACAAAGUGCAAGUGGGUUUGACAACUGCUUGGGGGGAAAGGAUUGACAAACAUAUUACAUCAAUAAUUGGGGUAAUAUUGAUAUUUAUAGAGUUAAGAAAGUACUUAUUAGUUUAAAAUUAAUACGGUCCAAGUGAAAAACAUGGAAUGGAAAGUUACCAAACAGCAGGAAGAGGGAUCACUGAUCCCAUAUAAAGGAAGGUUAGAUAUGCCCCGGGCAGCUUUUUUUCCUAGCUGUCAUUGUAUGUGUCUCUGCUGUUUGUGCUUAAAGGCUCUACACCCUGGGGUUCGCUUUGCUGGCUUGCUAUAUGUUGUUGUCCGGUAUUGUACUGUUUUGCUGUGCGUAUAACACUGUUUAAUAAA